UGAGGUGAGUUAGGUACACGUCAGACUGAGGCAGCAGCAGCGGCAGCGGCAGCAGUGGUAGUAGUGUCAGCAGGGUAGCAGGGUGUUACUGCACUCCCUCCUCACUACACCUCACUCGCUACACCUUUGUGUCAUCACUACACUGAUGUACACCAUGUUAGGGUGGUGUGUGGCACUGUGCCUGGCAGUGAUGACUGUGGCACAGCAGAGAGUAGCACCCGGGGUACCACAGGGACAGUACCAGCAGGCAGGUACUCAGCAGCAGCAGCAGCAGCCACGACCUCCAGCACCACAGCAGCAGCAGCAGCAGGGUGUACCUCAACAGCAAUAUCGGCAAGCUCCAGGCGUUCCUCCACCGCAACAGCAGCAGCAACAUUAUCAACAACCACAGUAUCAACAGCCACCACAGCAGCAGCAAUUUCAACAACCAGUUCAACAACAGCAGUAUCAACCUCCUCCACAGCAGCCACCACAGCAGCAGCAGUACCAGCAACCACAGCAGGUUGGCGGAGGUCAUCAGCAUCACAACCAGAGAGUCCUGCACAACCCCAAUUUAGCAAGGAGCGUGACCAUCUCAAAGAUCAUCUCGAGGUUCCGAUUGAUACAUCAGGAAUGUCUGAACAGGAAUUGCAGUUUCAUUACUUCAAAAUGCAUGAUGCAGAUAACAACAAUAAGCUUGAUGGGCAGGAACUUAUCAAAUCUUCUCUUCAUUGGCAUGAUGCAGCCAACCAUGAUGCUGGAAAGACUGGCCAUCCUCCACCUGAACCAAAGCUCUUUACUGAUGACGAGCUGGUAAAUAUGAUAGAUCCAAUUUUACUUCAGGAUGAUAAGAAUAAAGAUGGAUUUAUUGAUUAUCCAGAAUUUGUUCAGGCUCAGCGUAAAUGCUGCAGCAGCAGCAAGUGCUAAUGCUGUUUUAGAGAUUCUCAUUAAGUUAUAAUUUAUAAGUGAUAAGGUCAUUUUCUUCAGUGAAAGAUUGCUACCAUAGUAAUAUAGAAAAAGUAUAACUCCCUAAUGCUUGUGAAAAUAUCUUAGUCAAAGGCUGUGAUUUCACAUUAGUUGUGACAUGGGAUAAGGUAGUUUUCCUAAAAGGAUACAGAGUUUUAGUAUUAAAUAAUUGUAUAGCAAGUACAACCUAUCCUCACUUAAGAGUUCCAUUCCUGAGACCACGUCAUUAAAUGAAUUUGUCACUAAGUGAGGAGCCUACUAUAAUGGUAGAGUUUUGUUUAGCCAUCUUUGAUAUUGUUUAAUGUCACCUUUGCACCGUUUUAUAACAUUUCUGGUAUAUUUUUAAAUGUUUGUACAGUAGUGUACUGUAUAUUGAAAUAAACAGAAUAGAGGAAAUCAGCUGUAAUAUACAUUAUUUAGGUAUGAAUACUGGUCAAAGAUCCCAUCAUAAGUCCGAGGCGUCGGUAAACAAGUACGUCUAAGUGAGGAGAGGCUGUAUUAGGGUUAUAUUUGCCAUAGUUUUUUUAAUUCUUAUUGUAUUUGCUGUAUUGUUUUAUAGUUGGUGUUAAAUUAUUGGCAUAUUUUUUGAGGGGGAGGGGAAGUUUGCUAAAUUUCACCCUUUUUAAAUCGAUUAUGUUUCUUGUAAAAGUCAAUUCUCUGAAUUAUGAACUUUACAUUAGUGAAAAAAAAUACUAAUCGGUUUAAAGAUAGUGGCUGUAGAACUGAUUCAUAUAAAAAAAUUUUAAUUUUCAGGGUUAAUUCUUUCAUUGAUUUUCUAUUGUUCUCAUCCUUUGAUUCAUUAGAUCCCCACAUAGUUUCACACGUGAUCUUUAACAAGUCUGAUUAUAUAUCAAAACCAAGUGCUAAACCCACAAGUCAUAGAGCACUGCUGAUAUUUUUAAUUAUUAUUACAGCCGAUCUAACAAAAGUUUGUAUGUACCAGUGGUGAAAAAUCAGUAUAAAAGAAAUUGCAUAGGGAAUGUCAGUUGGCCCAAGAGAUUUUUUUUUUUUUAAAUAAGUGUGAUAAUUUAUAAUCAUUUACUAGUGUGGCAAGGUGGUUCUUGCAUUUUUGAUUUUUUUUUUUUUCCUGUCAUUGAACAUCUGCAUUUAUUUAUUACUGGUACAUAAGUAAUUUUUGUCAUUUUGAAAGUCUGUCAUGUGUAUUGUAAAAAGUGCUAAACCUACAAGGGUCAUACAGCACAGGUCCCAUGUAAAUUAAAUUCUAAUGUUAUGCAAGACAUUUAAGGC